CACACCAUCGCUCGUUACCACUUCUCCUCCUUCUCUACUUCUUCCAGCCCACCUUCACUCACGCACAAUGACCCUCGACACCCAGUUCGACAAGGCCGUCACCAUCGUCCGCGGCCUCCCCUCCGACGGACCCGUCAAGCCCUCGCAGGACCAGAAGCUCCAGUUCUACGGCGCCUUCAAGCAGGCCACCGAGGGUGAUGUCACUGGCCCCCGUCCUGGUGCCUUCUCCUUCGAGGCCAAGUACAAGUACGACGCCUGGAAGAAGCUCGAGGGCAAGAGCAAGGACGACGCCAAGGCCGAGUACGUUGCUCUCCUCAAGUCGGUCCUCGAGGCCAACUCGGACGACGACUCGAAGAAGUACCUCGCCGAGCUUGAGGCUGCCGCCUAAGCGCGUUACUGCUACUUACUACUGUAAUAGGAGAUGCGAGAUUAUAAAUGUUA